ACCUGUGCAGGACCUGUUCACUACCCACAGGAUCACCAUGGGGACAACCAAGGAUACACCGAUAUGGAGGCUGAUAUGCCUGGUACUACUGAUCAGAUCAACACAAACAGUGAACCCCACCACAAGUGUAACAAUCAUCCCGACAAUGAUCACAACGAUACCCACACUUUCAGGAGUGAAUGCUUCACACAAUGACCAGGUCUGCAGCACAUGGGGUAACUAUCACUUCAAGACCUUUGACGGGGACUUUUUCCAGCUCCCCUCCACCUGCAACCAUGUUGUGACCUCACUGUGUAAGAGCAGCUAUGAGGCUUUCAACAUCCAGAUGAGGCGGCAGGUGGUGGACAACCAGCCCACCAUUAGCAAGAUCACCAUGAAGCUGGAUGGUGUAGUGGUGGAGCUUUCCAAGGGUGGUGUUGUGGUCAAUGGGCAGACGGUGACCCUGCCGUUCAGCUUGUCUGGAGUCAGCAUCGUGAAGACUACAUCCAAUGUGAAGGUCGUAGCCAAACUGGGGCUGGUUGCUGUUUGGAACAAGGAUGACUCCCUAAUGAUUGAAAUGAACGAGAAGUACAGAAACCAGACCUGCGGACUGUGUGGUGACUUCAAUGAAGUCCAAACAUACAACGAGUUUAUCAUCAAUGGUGGGGAACUCUCUAGCUCGGACUAUGGAAACCUCUGGAAACUGGAUGGCCCUCUGGAAGUCUGUGAGGAGCCUACGCUAACUUCUGUGGAGAGCUGUGGAGAUGAGGAAUUUUGUCAGCAGCUGUUCUCCAGUGCAGCUUUCAGUAGCUGCACUAAUUAUUUGGACAUGGACGCCUUCAUAAAGACCUGCCUUGCAGACCUGUGCCACUGUGAUAACAGCACCAACUCCUUCUGCCUGUGCAACACCAUCUCAGAGUACUCCCGUCAGUGUGUUCAUGCAGGGGGGAAGCCCCAGCAAUGGAGGACUGAACAGUUCUGCUAUAAGACAUGUCCCUUCAACAUGGAGCACCAGGAGUGUGGAAGCCCCUGUGUUGACACCUGCUCCAACCCUGAGGCCAGCCAGUUGUGUGAAGACCACUGUACAGACGGCUGCUUCUGUCCUCUAGGUACUGUUUUCGAUGAUGUCAGCAACAGUGGCUGUAUUCCAUUGAGUGAAUGCCUCUGUGUCCACAAUGGACAAGUAUACAAAUCUGGAGAAUCUUACACCAGCAACUGUAAAGAAUGCACCUGUGCUGGUGGUCAGUGGGCCUGUACAGACAAGGACUGUCCUGGGACCUGCUCUGUGGAGGGAGGAUCCCACAUCAACACCUAUGAUGGGAAAGCCUACACCUUCCAUGGGGACUGCUCUUACAUUCUGACCAAGAAAUGCAAUGGAUCUGAAUUCACCGUGCUGGGAGACAUUGUGAAGUGUGGGUUGACUGACACUCAGACGUGUAUGAGGGCUGUUACCCUAGCCCUCUCCAGCAGAUCCACCGUGAUCCAAGUCCAGUCAAGUGGAAGUGUUCUUGUAAAUCAGAUUCUUUCUCAGCUCCCACUCUAUACAGCUGAAGUGACCAUCUUCAAGCCCUCCUCAUUCUACAUUGUUAUCCAGACAACUCUUGGAGUUCAACUUCAGAUCCAGCUUUCACCAGUUAUGCAGAUCUACAUAACUGUCAUCUCAUCCUACAAAGGAACAACCUGUGGCCUUUGCGGAAACUACAAUGACGUUCAGGCAGAUGAGUUCAGAGUCAUCAGUGGAUUGGUGGAGGGCACAGCUGUAGCUUUUGCCAACACAUGGAAGACCAUGGCCAGCUGCCCUGAUGUCAAGACUAGCUUUGAAAACCCCUGCAGUUUGAGCAUCGAAAACGAGAAAUACGCCCAGCACUGGUGUUCCAUGUUAUCAGAUCCUAAAGGAGUGUUCUCCCCUUGCCAUUCUGAAAUAAGACCAGACACCUACAAAACCAACUGCAUGUAUGACAGCUGUAACUGUGAGAAGAGUGAGGACUGCAUGUGUGCUGCCGUCUCCUCUUAUGUCCACGCUUGUGCUGCCGAGGGUAUCCAGCUCACUGGCUGGAGAGACACUAUCUGCAAUAAAUUCGCCGCCUGUCCCAGACAAACAGUUUAUACCUACAACAUGACCAGCUGUGGACGCACCUGCCGCUCACUGAGCAUGACAGACCAAUCUUGCCAGGUGAAUUUUGUUCCGGUGGACGGCUGUGGCUGUGCAGAGGGCACCUACAUGGACGAGGCUGGCCAGUGUGUUGCCCCCACCAACUGUCCCUGCUAUGACAAGGGCUCAGUGGUCCCUGCAGGAGAGACUAUCACUAGAGACGGUGCCACCUGUACUUGCAGACAAGGGACACUGAGUUGCACUGGGGGAGCAAGAGCAUUCAGUACAUUUGAAAUUAACCAAGGGGAUUCAAGCAAUUCAUUAUGCACAGUGCCAAUGGUUUUCUUCAACUGCUCAACUGCACCUCCAGGAGCUUCAGGUUCAGAGUGUCAGAAGAGCUGCAAAACUCUGGAUAUGACCUGUAUCAGCACAGAGUGCACAUCAGGUUGUAUGUGCCCCACCGGACUGGUGUCUGAUGGGAACAGAGACUGCAUCAAGGAGGAACUUUGUCCUUGUUCUCACAAUGGAGCUACUUACCAAGCUGGAGAGACUCUUAAGGUUGACUGCAAUACAUGUACUUGCAAGGACAGACAAUGGCAGUGUACCACAAAUCUCUGUGAUGGAGUUUGUGCAAUCUAUGGAGAGGGUCACUAUAUCACUUUUGAUGAGAAAAGGUUCAACUUUAAUGGAAACUGUGAAUACACUCUCAUUCAGGAUUACUGUGGCAAUACUAAUGGCAGUGGCAGCUUCAGAGUCCUCACUGAGAACGUUCCUUGUGGAACUAAAGGCACCACCUGCUCCAAGACCAUCAAGCUCUUCCUGGGGGUAAUGAGCAACUUGACUUCACACAAUACUGUACAUUCCAUCCCUCGUGUAAAGAACAAUCAACAAAUCAUCAACCAAGUUGAGAUCCGAUUUCAGACCAAGUUAUGUAUGAAAACAUAUUUUCCUCUUCAGACCAGUGAGCUCAUAUUGGCAGAUGGGACCGCUCAAGUUGUCAGAAGUACUCCAGAGGAGGAGUUUCCUAAACAGAUCAGCCUUCUGGGGAAUUAUCUGGUCAUUGAAGUCAAAAGUGGUCUAAUCCUCAUGUGGGACAAGAAGACCAGUCUCUUUAUCAAGCUUAGCCCACAAUACCAGGGGCAAGUGUGUGGUCUGUGUGGAAACUAUGAUGGCAACGCAAACAAUGACUUCACCACUAGAGCCCAGGCGACAGUUGUUGAUCCAGUGGAAUUUGGAAACAGCUGGAAAGUUUCAUCAAGCUGCCCAAGUGUAUCCGCUGUAGUGCACCCAUGUGCCUCCAACCCGUACAGAGCGUCUUGGGCCCAGAAACAGUGCAGCAUCAUUAACAGUGAUGUCUUCGCAGCCUGCCAGAACCAGGUGGACCCCUCUCCUUACUACGAUGCUUGUGUGAGAGACUCAUGUGCUUGUGACAGUGGUGGAGACUGUGAGUGCUUCUGUACCGCAGUGGCAGCUUAUGCAAAGGCCUGCAAUGAAGCUGGAGCAUGCGUAGCCUGGAGAACCCCUCGAAUUUGCCCACUGUUCUGUGAUUACUACAACCCUACUGGAGAAUGUGAGUGGCACUACAAGGCAUGUGGAGCUCAGUGUAUGAAGACCUGCAGAAACCCUUCCGGAGACUGUUCUAGUUUAAUUCCAGCAUUGGAAGGCUGCUAUCCUAACUGUCCUGCGGCACAACCUUACUUCAAUGAGGAGACAAUGAAGUGUGUGGAGAGGGAACAAUGUGGCUGCUUUGACUAUGAAGGAAACCAGUACACCAAUGGACAGAAUGUUCCGGCACCAAAUUGUAAAACAUGCACCUGCACAAUGACUGGAGUGAGCUGCAGUUAUGAUGUAAAUGUUUGUACAUGCUUGCAUAAUGGUAAACAACACCCGUAUGGAGAAACCCUCUACAACACAACAGAUGGGAUUGGUAACUGCAUUGUUGCUGUUUGUGCCUCGAACGGAACCAUUACCAGGAACAUUUCCCCUUGUCAAGUGACCACAACUCCAGUACCAACCACAACUUCCCCUCUGACCACAACAACUGUCCAUGCAACAACCACACUAAAACCCACAACUGUCUUCCACUUCUCAACACAUGAACCAACAUCUACUUACACUUGGUCUUCCACAACAAUGGAGAUGACACCUAAAAUAACCACAAGUUCAUCAUUAAAUCCUUCAACUACAACAUCAGGAGCAAGUACAGUCACAAUUCCAAAACCAACAACUGUAACUACAACAACUAUGGUACCCUUAACAAGUAGAGAAGUAGCUACAUCGACCACAGCUGAGACUUCAACAAAGGAAGAAACCACAACUGAGACCAUCACAUCCACAAAGCCACCUAAAGAAGUCACCACGAGCCCAACAACCACUUCCACAACUGUAUUUGUUGAAACCUCUACAUCAACAUCUCAGCCCAUAACAACAGGUGAAGAAACAACAGGUCCAGUAGUGAUAACAUCCAAUCCCACUACUUUAACAACAACUACAAUUGUACCCACAACAACUAAACCUACCACAGGUGGAACAACAACAGUUGAAGAAACCACAACUGAGACAAGUCCAUCCACCUCCACAAAGCCACCGAAAGAAGUUACCACCGGUCCAACAACCACUUCCACCACUGUAAUUGUUGAAACCUCUACCUCAACAUCUCAGCCCACAACAACAGGUGGAGAAACAACAGGGCCAGUUGUCAUAACUUCCAAUCCUACUACUUUAACAACAACUACAAAUGUACCCACAACAACUAAACCUACCACAGGUGGAACAACAACAGUUGAAGAAACCACAACUGAGUCAAUUUCAUCUGCAUCCACAAAGCCACCUAAAGAAGUCACCACCGGCCCAACAACCACUUCCACCACUGUAAUUAUUGAAACCUCUACCUCAACAUCUCAGCCUACAACAACAGGUGUAGAAACAACAGGGCCAGUUGUCAUAACUUCCAAUCCCACUACUUUAACAGCAACUACAAAUGUACCCACAACAACUACACCUACCACAGGUGGAACAACAACAGUUGAAGAAACCACAACUGAGACAAUUUCAUCUGCAUCCACAAAGCCACCUAAAGAAGUCACCACCGGCCCAACAACCACUUCCACCACUGUAAUUGUUGAAACCUCUACCUCAACAUCUCAGCCUACAACAACAGGUGAAGAAACAACAGGGCCAGUUGUCAUAACUUCCAAUCCCACUACUUUAACAGCAACUACAAAUGUACCCACAACAACUACACCUACCACAGGUGGAACAACAACAGUUGAAGAAACCACAACUGAGACAAUUUCAUCUGCAUCCACAAAGCCACCUAAAGAAGUCACCACCGGCCCAACAACCACUUCCACCACUGUAAUUGUUGAAACCUCUACCUCAACAUCUCAGCCUACAACAACAGGUGAAGAAACAACAGGGCCAGUUGUCAUAACUUCCAAUCCCACUACUUUAACAGCAACUACAAAUGUACCCACAACAACUACACCUACCACAGGUGGAACAACAACAGUUGAAGAAACCACAACUGAGUCAAUUUCAUCUGCAUCCACAAAGCCACCUAAAGAAGUCACCACCGGCCCAACAACCACUUCCACCACUGUAAUUGUUGAAACCUCUACCUCAACAUCACAGCCUACAGCAACAGGUGUAGAAACAACAGGGCCAGUUGUCAUAACUUCCAAUCCCACUACUUUAACAGCAACUACAAAUGUACCCACAACAAUUGAAGAAACCACAACUGAGACAAUUUCAUCUGCAUCCACAAAGCCACCUAAAGAAGUCACCACCGGCCCAACAACCACUUCCACCACUGUAAUUGUUGAAACCUCUACCUCAACAUCUCAGCCUACAACAACAGGUGUAGAAACAACAGGGCCAGUUGUCCUAACUUCCAAUCCUACGACUUCAACCACUACUCCAACGGCACCCACUACAACUACAGAGGUAAUUAAACCUACCACAGGUGGAAUUAGAACAAUUGAAGAAACCACAACUGAGACUAGUCCAUCUACAUCCACAAAGCCACCUAAAGAAGUCACCACUGGUCCAAUUACAUCUUCUACAACUGCUGUCAUUGUAACUUCAACUUCAACAUCACAGCCUUCAACAACAAGUACAGAAACAACAGAGCCAGUGGUCAUCACAGGCCCAUUAGAAACAACAAGCACUCCUUCAGUAUCGCCACAAGUGAUUAUUACACCGACAUCACAAGCAGUCACCACCAGCCAGUGCAUUUGCAAUGUUAAUGGGACACAGUAUCUACCAGGGAACCUGGUGUAUAAUGUGACCGAUGGUUCAGGGUGGUGCUUCACGGCUUACUGCAAAGCCACGUGCCAAGUUGAAGUGGAAUCAAAUCCAUGUCCUUCCUCUACACCACCCACUGUAUCACCCACAACAUCAGAAGAGACCACGACCACACCACCAACAACUCAAUCCUCCCCAGACUGCACUAGCACUGAUCCACCAAGAAAGAAUGGAGAAUCUUGGCAGCUGAAUAGCUGUACCACAGCAGUUUGCCAGGACGGCAUUGUUGUCCAGCUACCAGUAAAAUGCAAGCCAGUGGAGCCACUACAGUGUGAGAAUGGUCGUCCACCUGUCAAGGUCUAUGAUUCAACUGGAUGCUGCUUUACGUAUGAAUGUGAAUGUGUAUGCAGUGGAUGGGGUGGAUCUCACUACGUGACAUUUGAUGGAGUAUAUUACAAUUUCCAGGAGAACUGCUCCUACACCUUAGUGAAAGAAAUCAACUUCAAAUACAACCUUACCAUUAUUGUUGAUAAUCACUACUGUGGAAACGCCGACAGUGGAUUCUGUCCUCAGUCCCUUAUCAUUCAUUACAAUUCCUAUGAAGUGAUUCUAACCCAGCAGAGAUCUGGUGACACAACAGAAAAUGUGGUAUAUGUCAACAGUAAACGAAUCUACCCAGCUUACAGAAUGGGUGACAUUGCUCUAACAAGUACUGGUGUGGAGGUCGUGCUGGAGAUCACUGAUCUUAAGGUUCAGGUGUCUUACAAGGGGUCAUCAUUUAGCAUCAACCUUCCUUAUUCCCUCUUCCAAAGCAGCACAGAGGGCCAGUGUGGUACCUGUGAUAAUUCCCAGAAGAAUGACUGCCAGUCACCUAAUGGUCAGAUACAGAACUGCUCAGUUGCAGCUAGCCAGUGGCUGAUUCCAAACCAGGACUGUCCAACUCCUCCAACAGCACCACCCUCUACCACCACGGCAACCCCAAGCACAUCCCCUACCCCCUGCAAGACAGUCAUUUGUGAAAUCAUGAACAGCAAGGUCUUUGAGGAAUGCCAUAAAGCGGUUUCUCCUGAUGCCUUCAUUCAGGCCUGUAGAUCAGAUGUCUGCAACAAUGCUAUUUCUAGCUGCUCUAGUCUGGAGGCGUAUGCAUCUGAAUGUGCAAAUAAAGGGAUCUGCAUUGACUGGAGGAAGUCCACAGAUGGAGAAUGUGAGCAUACAUGCCCAGCCACUAAGGUGUACAUGCCAUGUGGUCCAGCAGUUGAACCAACAUGUAAUUCAAAAUAUAAUGAGAAGUAUUUGAACAACCAAACCCAAAUGACCAAUAAGACGAAGGAGGGUUGCUUCUGUCCAUCUAAAACCGUCUUGUUCAGCACCUACUCUGAUACUUGUGUGGUCUCCUGUGGCUGCACUGGACCUGAUGGCAACCCCAAAAUGCCUGGUGAUACAUGGGAGAGUGGUUGCCAGCAGUGCACCUGUGACAUGGACUCCAUGAUUGUCCAGUGCCAGCCUAGCACCUGCCCCACUCCAGCCACACCCAUCUGCAAUGAGACUGGAUACAGACUGGUGAACAAGACAGAAGGCUGCUGCCAGAAAUAUACAUGUGAGUGCGAUGCACUGCUGUGCCCCAAAGUCAUGAUGGACUGCCAACCAGGGUGGGAGGCAAUUAUAAGCACGUCCAUCUCAAGUUGCUGUCCAGAGUAUACCUGUGUUCCUAAGGGUGUAUGUGUCUACAAUAACAUUGAGUACCAGCCUGGUGCUGAAAUUCCUAAAGGAACAUGCGAGAAUUGCACCUGCAGCUCGAUCAUGGAUCCUAGCACCAAGCUCAACAACAUUGUGUGCACAAAUAUCUCCUGCGACACUACAUGUUCACAGGGCUUCCAGUAUCAGGCCAUACCUGGUCAGUGUUGUGGGAAGUGUGUACAGACAAGCUGUGUGGUUACUAUGCCAGAUAAGACCAAACACACUAUUCAGGUGAACGAAACGUGGUCACCACCUGGUGACAAAUGUGUGAAGUACACAUGUGAGAAACCUGGUGGCCAAUAUAUACCAGUGGAAGUGAAGACUGUGUGCCCUGCUUUCAGCCCAGAGAAAUGUGUCCCAGGCACAGAAAAGACAGACGCAAAUGGAUGCUGCAAGACCUGCACAGAACGCAGCAAUGUCUGUGAGAUGAAGUACACCACCACUAGCAUUGUCAUCAGUGGCUGUGCGACCUCUGAGCCUGUGGAGAUCAAUUCCUGCUCAGGAAACUGUGGAACCUCUUCUAUGUACUCAGCAGAGGCGAACACCAUGAUGCACUACUGCUCCUGCUGCCAAGAGGCGACCACUAGCCAGAAAGAGGUGGAGCUGAUGUGCCCUGAUGGAUCAAAGGUCAAGCACUCCUACAUCCACGUUGAGUCGUGUGGAUGUCAUGUCACAGACUGUGAUGCAGGCACGACCACCGCCCCGGGGACAACGAGACCGCGCAGGAGGAGGCGCUAAACGUCUAGGGAGACAACAUGCACACUGAUAUCGCAAUUGUCGACAUGACAUCGAAUGUUUUAGUCCAAAUUUGUUUUCUUGUUACGUUUGCAUUAAAUCUGUCAUGCCAGUGUAUUUCUACAAUCGGCAACACUUAGUGUUAUGUUCUUAUACCUUCAUUGUGGAAUUCAUGUAUUUUCUAUGAUAAAUGUGGUGGAGAAUCUCUUUUCUCAUUUGUAGUGAUUAAUAAACAACAUCAACUUCAA